GGAUAUAAAUGUGGGGUUUUGACAUUUGAUAAUAGGAAAAAGGAGAGGAACAAGGAGGAAGAGCCAACAUGCAGGGCUUUGGUAAUUUGCCAAGUGACUUGUUCCUCGAAAUCCUUCUGCGGUUGCCAGUAAAAUCUUUGACGCGAUUCAAGUGCGUAUGCAAAUCAUGGUAUGCUCUCAUUAACCAUCCUAAAUUCAUUUCCAUGCACCUUAGCUACAACAGCAACAACAAUGAAUUUGUUCUUAUCAAGCGUUGCCUGUUAACAUGCUUAGGCAAGAAAGAAAAUAUGUUCUCAUUGGUCAGCAGCAAGGAUUUUUCUUCUGUAAAUAUAGCUGUUGAUGUACCCUUGUAUAAGAAAGAGCCAUAUUUACAACUUUUAGGUCAAUGUGAUGGCAUUAUUUGUCUAUCAAAUUAUAGAGAUGACAUAGUUCUAUGUAACCCUGCAACCAAAGAAUCCAUGGUUCUUCCCAAAUCCUGUCUCCUUUAUUUGUCUUUGAACCCGAAUUUGAUUCCCCAAACCAAUGGCCUGGGAUUUGGUUAUGACCUCAAAAAUCAACAAUACAAGGUUGUUAGGAUUGUGUCAUAUUGGGGGGAGUUUGGAGACGGUUUACCCCAACUUUCCAGGGUAGAAGUAUACACCAUGGGAACUGAUUCUUGGAGAGAAAUCAAGAAUGUUAAGAUCCCUGCCAAUGUUCAAUACUCUCCUUGUUUUGAGACUUACUUUAAUGGAGCAUUUCAUUGGCAUGCUAUGGACUAUAACAAUAACGAAGUCAUCCUUUCAUUCAACAUGGGAGACGAGGAGUUCCAAAGAAUAUCAAUGCCUGAUUUUCUUUACAUUGAUGAUAAUUCUAUCUGCAAGAGUCUCCUGGUUUGGAAUGGUUGCCUUGCUUUGAUCGUCUAUCCAGGAAAAGGAAUUGAAAAAUCAUUUCAGAUAUAUGUGAUGGAAAAAUAUGGGGUGAAGGAAUCUUGGACGAGAAAAUUAACCAUUGGACCACUUACAGGAGUUGAAAUGCCAUUUAUGUUUUGGAAAAAUGAUGGUGAGAUUCUGAUGGAAGGAAUUGAUGGACAGGCAGUGUCCUACAACUUCAUCACAAAAGAAAUCAGGAAUCUUCAAAUUUAUGGGGUUCCAAAAUCUUUUCAAACUCUUGCUUAUGUAAAUAGCCUUGUUUCAAUCAGGAGACGGAAAUCAAAUGCUUGAAGAAAAGAAUAAUUGAUUAGGAUUGAAAUAUUUAUGAUAUUUUAGUUUUCCAUC